CAUCCGGCACUUCUCAUUAGCUCCAGUUGAAGCACCGUUUUAUGCAUUGCCACAGCCUUUAAUGCCUCCUUGGGAGAGCGGAGCUCUGAAAGACCCCCCAAGACUCCCGCACCACAGAAAGACCACCCCACAGGCCCCAGCUUGGCUCAGCUGCCACAGCCGAUGAUGCCCGAGCUCUGUCAGGUCACGGACUCCCUUCUCCUCAGCGGCUCCCGGGCGGCCUGCAGUGAGGCCUUGCUCACCCAGGCCGGGGUCACAUUCUGCGUCAACGUGUCCAGGCAGCAACCAUGCCCCAACCAGCCAGGAGUCAGGACCCUCAGGGUCCCCGUCUUCGACGACCCCUCGGAGAACCUGUAUGAGCACUUCGAGCCAUGUGCAGAUGCCAUCGAGGCUGCCGUGAGGGACGGGGGCAGGUGCCUCGUUUACUGUAAGAAUGGGCGCAGCCGCUCCGCGGCCAUCUGCACCGCCUACCUGAUGAGGCACCGAAGGAUGACCCUGAAGGAGGCGUUCCAGAUUGUGAAGAAUGCCAGACCGGUAGCAGAGCCCAAUCCAGGAUUUUGGUCUCAGCUCCAGAGAUACGAAGAAGCUUUACAGACAAAGUCCCAUCCAGAACAGUCUUCCAGAAAGUCACUUCUUCCAGAUAGACAUCAUUCUGAAUGAAAAACAAUCUCCUUUGAAAUUCUGCUCAGAUCGCAAUUACCAGUCUCCAUUUUACAGGCUGGCAAUGCUGUAAAACCCACUGCAAUGAGAAGCAAAGGUCUAAAUGUUUUUAAGCCUUUAAAAAGUCCAUUUCAGGAAUGCAAUCAGUCAAGACCAUCAGCAGAUGAUAAUUUGGGUACAUUGGAGAUAGCUGUAUAUUAAUGAGAUCAAAACUAUAAAAAACCCCAAAUGAAUAACAAUCUGGGGUAAUUAUUUCUACUCCUUCCCUGGAUCUCACAGGGUAGCUCAACAUCUUUGAUCUAUUUUUCUACUUUUAACCCCUCUAUCCUGCUAAGGAAGACCUAAUGUAACCCUUCAUUACCUACGGAGGGACUCUACAAGUAGGGUCAUUCUUGUUUCUUGUACCUGUACCUGCUGUCUGGUUUUGGCAUUCAACCCCUAUGGAAUAUUUAGGAAAGUAUUAGGUGAUUUCUAUACUUUCCCUCUAAUCCAGCUCGGCAAAGUAAUUGAUCUCACAUUUUUAAGAACUGUACAACCGAUGACCUUAGAAUUUCUGUCAAAUUGUCUCUGGAUUAAGAUUAGAUCAGAAAUACAGGAGUUCAGGUUGCCUUUACACUCAGUUCUCCUGCAGUACAGGAAUUGACUUCUUAAUGAAUGUCACAUUACAGGAAAACUUGCUUUGACCAAGGCAGAGAGAGAGAGAGAAAGAGAGAGAGUGUGUGUCUGUGUGUUCUCAAUAGUUUCUUUUACCACUACAUUGCAUUCUACCCAGAUCAAACAAUUAAUUGCAUUUAUUAAUCAUUUACUGUGUGCAGAGCACUGCACUAAGUGUUCAAGAGACUGCAAAAUGAGUGAAUAGGCAAUAUUCUUGCCCUCAAGGAGCUUACUUUUGAAAGGAUUUUUUCCUAAUUCCCCUUCUUCAUCCAAUACAGAACACAAAAUGAAAACAAAAUUAAUGGAAGAGUUGAAUGCAUUUGCUAUUCCAAAACAUGUACACUUAUAUAAGAGUUUCUCAGACAGAACCAAGUUGUAUUGGCAGUUUGUUUUAAAUUAUUGAAAAGAGGAUUAAAUUGCUCUAUUUGUCUUUAUUAUUUGAUUUAGCUAAAAUUCCAUUGCUCCCCUAUUUUCCUUAGCUGUAUGGAAUUAUCUAACAGGGAAUUAUCUGUUCCUAGAACAGUUUUCUUCUGAUUCUCUCUGAUUCCCCUGAUGCUGCUUUGCCUUUCUGGAUACCCACCACCAUCACCACCACCACCACUGACUACUAAGGGGAGAAGGGGUGUCUCAGAAUGCAGGAGGAGCCAUCCAGCCCUUGACCUGAAUUUACCCAGCUCUCCAAGCUCCUACUGUCCGCAGCUCACUGUGUUAAGGUCAUGGGAGAGUGUGAUAGAACUAGUAGACAUGAGACCAAAUCUAAUUUUUAAAAAGAACAGCCUUGAAAAUAAUAAUAAUAAUAAUAAUAAUAG